CUACUAGUUGCUGAAAAACAAAACAACGAGGAAAACAGAUGAUGCAGAAUGAAGUUUGACUUGGAAAACAACCACCAAUCAAAUGGAUAAUGAGAACACGACUCUGAAAACUGGAUAUCUAUUGAAAUUUGAGCCAAACAAAAGAUGGAAAAUCCGAUGGUUGGUACUUCAUGAAGAUCAACUCACUUGUCAUCAUCGACGUGACAAGGCAGUUAUAGUCACCUUAAUUUCAUUACAAGGAGCAUCAGUUAUCUGCCCCUGUCUAGAUGACCCUGUAGCUGAUGCUCAGGGAGUGUUCAAGAUUGUUCUGCCGGAGGGAGAAGAGAUAUACCUGCAGGCUGCUGGAAGGAAGGACCGUGAAGGAUGGGCUCAUGCCAUUGGGGCUGUAAUACGCUCCAUCUCUGGCUCAAAACAGGUUUCCAAUGGCAGUGUACCAUUUCCAGCCUUCAGAGCUAAAGUCAAUGUAAGUGAGAUUCUGGGAGCUAUACAGGACCCUGAUGCUGGAGUGAUGCUGGCUAACCAUGUCAGGAACGGAGCUGUACAUAAAAACUGCUUCAAGGGUAGUGAUGUGGUUGAUUGGCUGAUCCGUUGGUCAAUAGUUAGAAAACGAGAUGCUGGAUCAGCCAUGGUCCAAACUGUGCUCAAGUUAGGACACGUCCAGGAGGUUGAUAUCAAUGAUGGUGCUGCAGGGGCCUCGGCAAAAUUCAGGGACGAUGAUAAACUGUACAGAUUUACGUCACUGAAUUUGGACGGCAAGAGGAACAGUUACUAUGACAGUACAGACAGCGACUCGGAAUCUUCUGAUGAGGAGGAGGAGAAUGUUGACAUCGACGUCAAGCUCAGGAAGGGCAAAAUUCUCAGGGAAAGGUUCUUAUUGAAGAGGAGACACAUAGCCAAGGACUGGAGAGUGGUACGGGUCGUGUUGAGGGAAAAACCCAGUACCAUUGAGUACAGUCGAGCUGUCGCACAGGCUAGUGGUGUGGUUUUAAUGUCCAAGUUCAUUAAUCUUGCAACGUAUGAUGUCCAAAUGUCCAGAAAAGACAGCUUUUCUUCUGGUGGUGCAGGUAAAGGGAAGGUGAAGAAGAAAAUCUGCCUGAAGGCCAAAAGUGGUAAAGGUCGUUGUCACAUCUUCAAGGUCAAGGACGAGGAGGAAUGGUACGAGUGGAACUCCGUCCUCCAGCAGCUCACUGGUCAGAAACAAGUUACCCUCUAGCUCAUUGAGGAACGACAAAAGCAGAAUUUUUAUAACACAAUCUCUCAUUGGUCUGUGUUUGUUGUUCAUUCUUCAGUUUGAUAAAAAUAAGUACCAACAUGUACAGUGUAGCUGAUAAGUCAGUAAUUUGUAACACUGUAGCUGAUUGGUCAGUUAGUUGGUACACAGUAGCGGAUUGGUCAGUUAGUUGGUACACAGUGGCUGAUUAAUUACUCUAUACCAGGAAAUUUUUGCUGAGUCAAAUAUUUUUCCUUUACAGAUGAAAUCCAUAUUGGCCUGGUGUUAAUUUCACCCUUUAAAUUACAUGUACUUGGUAUGCUAUAUGUUUAAUAAUCACAGAGACUUUGUGAUAUAAAUUCAACCUAAUUACAGCGGUUAAAUAUGGCUGAAGUUACACUGCAGUGGAGAUUUCCUCGUAUACAGUAGUUACUUGGUACACUGUAGCCGAUUGGUCAGUUAAUAGUACGUUGUAGCUGAUUGGUCCGUUAUUUGGGUACACACUCUGAUGAAUUGGUCUGUAGAUUAAGUGAAAAGAGGUUGAUUUGGUGCAAUUUUACAAUAUGUGAUUAAUAAAAAAUGUGUGACUUUGUACAAGUGUAGCUGAUACUGAUUGGUUAAUUGGUGAAUUCUAAGGUUCAUUGAUGUGUCAUCAGCUGUACUUGUUACACAGUUGCUGAUUGGUUAAUAUGAUAUGUUAUAAUCUAACUGAUUGGUUAUCUUAUGUUUACAUGUAUAAAUGUCAAAAGUGGUGCAAAUUAUAACUGGUUUCUUUCUGCAACGGAUUGAUCAGAAAUUUCUUUUAUGCAGUUCUUUUUUUCGUGACACUGGUGAUAAUUGCAAUACCAAUAGUUUUAAAGUUGUAUACAACGUAGGGUUAAUAAAUAUGUCUUAACAGGCCAGUAGGUGAAAAAACAUGAUGGGAACAGAUAUGGUGGUUCAUUUAGUGAUAUGACUCUAUCUUGUUGUCCCGUCGUAGACUAGUCCACAUGUGUGUGACAUGUUACACAUGUGUAGCCUAAUAUACAUAUAUGUGUUAGCAGGUUACACAUGUAAUAUUGUCCGAUCAGCAAAUUUCUAAAACAAAGUUAUUUUAAUAAAACCAUGAUGUACAUGGUAUUAUCAAUACUAAUAAGUAGUUGUUUUUAUCAAUGCUAAAUCUAACAUAUACGAUGUAUCUCACUGCACCAGUACUGGUAUAAAGUUGUCGUUUAGUUGUCGGUGAUAACACAUAAACAGUACAGGCUUCAUGUUUUCUUUAUCUAGACAUUAUCACCUAAAUAUUUCACAGCAUCAUGAGAAAUCAAAAUCCUGUUUAAAAGAAGAUGGCUUAUAUUUUUACCAGAUUAACAAAGGAUAUUUCCAAAUGAACAUUUUCUGAAAAUGGGGUACGAUUAAAACCAAACCAUUUUACCUUGCAUAUAUUUAAACUUACUUGAUAAGUUAUAAAAUUCUUAUUUCUACUGCAUCGAUACAUUCUGUUUUCUUCUUUGUGUAAAUACACAAUGCUCUCUCUAUAUACAUCAGGGUCCAACUCGGGUUAACACCAGUAAGACAUACAUGUAUGAUAUUCACAAAUCACGGAUCCUGUUAAGUUCAGACAUACAUGUAUGAUAUUCACAAAUCACGGAUCCUGUUAAGUUCAGACAUACAUGUAUGAUAUUCACAAAUCACGGAUCCUGUUAAGUUCAGACAUACAUGUAUGAUAUUCACAAAUCACGGAUCCUGUUAAGUUCAGACAUACAUGUAUGAUAUUCACAAAUCACGGAUCCUGUUAAGUUCAGACAUACAUGUAUGAUAUUCACAAAUCACGGAUCCUGUUAAGUUCAGACAUACAUGUAUGAUAUUCACAAAUCACGGAUCCUGUUAAGUUCAGACAUACAUGUAUGAUAUUCACAAAUCACGGAUCCUGUUAAGUUCAGACAUACAUGUAUGAUAUUCACAAAUCACGGAUCCUGUUAAGUUCAGACAUACAUGUAUGAUAUUCACAAAUCACGGAUCCUGUUAAGUUCAGACAUACAUGUAUGAUAUUCACAAAUCACGGAUCCUGUUAAGUUCAGACAUACAUGUAUGAUAUUCACAAAUCACGGAUCCUGUUAAGUUCAGACAUACAUGUAUGAUAUUCACAAAUCACGGAUCCUGUUAAGUUCAGACAUACAUGUAUGAUAUUCACAAAUCACGGAUCCUGUUAAGUUCAGACAUACAUGUAUAAUAUUCACAAAUCACGGAUCCUGUUAAGUUCAGACAUACAUGUAUGAUAUUCACAAAUCACGGAUCCUGUUAAGUUCAGACUACACAGUUGUUGGACUGUCAAUUCUAUAUAUCUGUUACAUGUACACGUCAGCAAUCCAUGUUCAGAAGUUUAGAGUGCAAUUGGAAUGGAAAGGAUAAAUUGAUGACAAUAUCAGUGUGGAGAUAUUUACAAAAGCUUUGUAUUUUAAACAAAAACUACUACUUCCUAUUUUAAACUGAUAUUUUUGCAGUCUAUGGUACAUGGAUAUAAAUAUACCCUUGUAAUAAAAUUCGUUUUCAUGAUUCAUACAAAUUACUAUUACUUGUUGAUAAUAAACAAAUAUAUCAUCUGAGAUCCUUUAUUAGGGUAUUAUCUGUGUGAAGUAGCCAUUGUUCUCCUUCAUUUGUCAUUCUGUCUGUUUUUGAUCAUCAGAUCAUAGUCAUAACAUCACCAAAGAACUUGCCAUAUAAAUAAAUAAAUUUUUAAAUCUAAACCAUAUAAAAUUUUGUGAUAAUAUGUUAUCCAACCACAUGCCGAAGGUUGAUAUUAUGUACAGAUUCAUCAAAGAUCUUCCUUAUAUCUAAAUACUUUGUGCAUAAUGAAACAUUUUAUAUGUAAUAAUUUAAAUGUGCCAUAUUUAUAAACCGUUAAAGAAAGUAAAAGUUGUAUUUUGUUUGCAACCUAUUUAUGUACAGUAAAACCUGAUACUGCUCGGACUUGUCAGCAACAUUUUAAUAUGUAACGGCGUUCAGCAAAGUAUCGAGGAUUACCUCUAAAGGAAUUGUUAGGACAAAGAGGACCUUGAAAUACAUUGACAAUUAGUGAGAUACAGAAUAGUGAGGUUUAACCCUUUCACCCCUAUGUAAAUUGAGUAGACCCUACCAUGCAUUGAUAUGGAUGAGUCCAUUAUGGUCCAUAGUGGUGAAAGGGUUAACUGUAGAUGGUACUGGUGAUUAACCAUAGGUUUGGUAGAGUUAUCUCCCUUCCACCAGGAAACGUCUUUAAUGAUGUCUGUUUUAAAAGAAUUUACUAUUUCUUUUUAAUAAUAAUAUGCAAAAAAUAUUUAUAGACAAAAGUUUUAUGGACAAUUUCCUUAAGAAAAAUACUACAGUAUAUAUAUCGGCUAUUAAAUAGGUUCCUUAUUUGAUUGUUUUAAAUUAAAUUAAUGAAAAAAAACAUGAUGUUUAAAUUAGUUUUAAUGUAAAUGUAUCCAGGUUUUCUAAAACAUUAUGAAGGAGGAUAUUGAUCUAUUGAUGUUAUCAUAGGAGUUAAAAUACCAUGUAUUUGACAUUGUCUAUCAUUGCCAGUCAUAAGGCAGCAUAUAUCAAUAUAAUCUCCUAUGCACCAGCUGUUGUCUCCCCUUACCAGGUUUUCAGUCUUUUUUAUUCAUUCCAUGUUGUGAUGAACAGUUAUUCAGAAUGUGUCACAGUGUCGUAAAUCACAACUUCCAACAGUGGUUACAUGCCAUGCAUAGAUAUCUUUUGUGCUCUGAAAUGUUACAUUGUACUUGGUAUUUUUUUUGUCUUUUUUAACAUUUUUGCUUAAAAUAUUUAUUAUUUUUGUGAAUUAGAUUUCAUAAUUAUUCAAAUAUUUGAUUCCCCCUCCCCCAAUCUAUCCAUUUAAUCUAGUCUUGAUGGUGUAUUUUGAUACAGAUGCUAUAUACUUGUAAAACUGUGAUGAAUAGGUAACAAUGGGUAACAAUGUUGUCAAGUGUUCACUGUAUAGAUACCAUGACAGCAGUGAACCCUGUGGACCUUUUUAUUUUCAUAGUAUAACUUCCAAAUAUACACCAAUAAAUAAUGUUUUAUAUAAACCAUAAAACCGCUGACACUGUCUUAUUUUGAAUUUCUCCUUUAAAUAUUGAAGUGAAAGUCAACAACAGGCCCUGCAGACCUUUUCCUUAGUGUAUGAACACACUAAAUUAACACCAGUGACAGUUACGCUAAUGUUUGUCACUUUAAUGAAACUCUUGUAGGAGAUGUAUACAAGUAAAGGAGCGUUGUCGACUGGGAUUGCCUUUCCUCCGUUUGUUGCGAGUUGUCUGUCAUAUACGUGUUGUCCAUAAGCAGUUAUAUUUUCAACUUCUCUCCAGAAACUGUCAGAAUUUGAUGAAACUAUAUGGUAAUCUAUAUACUCUAGAAGGGGUUGACUUCUGUAGAAGGCUGAGGGGCAGGGCCAUUGCUUAAAUAAUCAGGGGUCACAGAGUGAGUGCAAAAUGUUCAAAUGGCAUCUUUUCUGAAACUUCUUCGUUAAUUUUCAUCAUAUUCAAUAAUCCUUAGAUGAUGAGGAUAAAAUUGAUAAUCAAAAACGCUUUUACCCUGCACUACCUUCAAAUUGCAUCUCCAGUGGCUCAUAUUGUUGGAGUUUGACCACUGUUAAAAUAAUCCUUAGAUGAUGAGGAUCAGAAUAUCAAGUCAGGAAGGGGCUACCUCCAGAGGGGCUCAUUGGGGUCACUAAUAGCGAAAACCUCAAAUGACACUCUUCUCUAAGUUACUUGUAGAUUUAGACUAUGCCCAAAAUUAGGGGACACUUCCCCCACUUAGCUUUACUCACAUAAAGUAAGAUUCCACUCAAUAUUCAUACUUUCAAUCAGGUGACCAUUAGGGCCCAUGGGCCUCAUGUUUUUUCUUAUGAUAUAUUUCAGAAUAUGCUAUAAUAUGUACUAAAUCCC